AAGAGCCGGCUCAAAGACCCGGCUCGUUAGCGACCUACACAUCACUUGUGUUCAACCACCAAUAAACUCCAAAGAAGAAGAAGAAGAAGAAGAAGCAGCAGCGUUCAUGUGUUCAUGUGUUCAUGUGUUCAUGUGUUGUCAACCAACGAGAAGCCGCAUGUGUUUAGUCGACUAUCUGCUGUAAAAGCAAGGAUUUGCCUCUCUGUCCUGAAACUUGUUGAAAGAUGACUGCCCAGGAGGUGCGUCUGUGUGGUCUCCUGCUGCGGGAGCACUUUGGAGAAGUGGUGGAGAAAGUGGGAACACACCUACUCAGAGGUGGAGCGCAGAACUUAAGAACCAUCAUUCAUGAGACUGGCAUCUCACUGGACCUGGUAAAGAAGUCCCUGUGUGUGCUCGUGCAGCAUGGCGCUUGUGUGUUCAGCUCAGGCCGUAAAGGAGCCGGGAGCCCCGUAGAGUAUCGGACCGGCUGUGACCGGAUUCUGAGAAUUCUGAGAUACCCGCGCUACAUCUACACCGCAAAAACCCUGUAUGGUGACACCGGAGAGCUAAUCAUAGAGGAGUUACUACAGAGAGGUCACAUGACCAUGUGUAGCACGGUUAAGACAGUCGCCGACCGCCUCACACAGAACAUGGAGGAGGGUCACAGCAUGGAUUACAGUGAAGUGUCUUCUUCCUUCUCCAAACUGGUGGAGACCCAUUUUCUUCAGCGCUGCCCUCCUCUGACGGCAGCAGGACCAACAAACAGUGCCACUCCAGCAACGCCUGCAACCCCUGGUGCUCCGGAACCCCCCGUUAGCACCGCCCCGCCCACGCCAGAGAGCUUCCCCGACUGUUACAAGGUGCCUCACGUGACACUCAUAGGGCGAGGCAAACGCCAACUCUCCAGUGAGGACGGAGAGGACCAAAGGAACGCAAAGAAGCCUAAAAUGGAUUCACAGGCACACGGUGAUGAGGGGAUUUGCUGGCAGGUGAAUUUUGAGAGGUUCCAUCUCCACUUCAGAGACCAGGCCAUCAUCAGUGCUGUAGCCAACAAACUGGACCAGACUAGCAGUGAGAUAGUGAGGACGAUGCUGAGGAUGAGUGAGGUGACGACCUCGCCCACAGCCACCUGCACAAAGCCCCUCUCAGCCAACGAGAUCUUCAGGUCCCUCCCAGCCAGCUACAACAUCGCCAGACCCAUCUUAGACCAGUACCUCACGCUACUGGUUGAUGACCCGAUGGAGUUUGUGGGGAAGGCCGGUGAAAGUGGAGGAGGGAUGUACGUUGUCAUCAUGAACAGAGCGCUGGCCAAUCUGGCUCGGGCCACGCUGGAGUCUGUCGUACAGGAGAGAUUUGGCUCCCGAUCGGCGCGCAUCUUCCGUCUGCUGCUAAGGAAACGUCACCUGGAGCAGAAGCAGGUGGAGGAUUUUGCCAUGAUUCCAGCCAAAGAGGCCAAAGACAUGCUCUACACGCUGCUCUCACAGAACCUGGUCCAGCUACAGGAAAUCCCAAAGACUCCCGACUACGCUCCCUCUCGUACCUUCUAUCUCUACACCGUCAACCAACUCCCAACUGCAAGAAUGCUGCUUCAGAACUGCUACAAGACAGUCGCCAACCUCAUAGAGCGACGCCUGUUUGAGUCCAGAGAGAGCAAGCGUCUGCUGGAGAAAUCCCAGCGAAUCGAGGCCAUUCUGGCAUCUCUGCAGGCCAGCGGGGCCGAGCCGGAGCAGCUGACGGAGGUCGAGGAGAUGAUCACUGCUCCUGAGAAGCAACAGCUGGAAGCCUUACGACUUCACAUCAACAAGUUAGACUCAGCAGAGAACCAGGUUGAUGAAACCAUCUUUCUUUUAGAGUCCUACAUCAACUCCACCGCAUCCACAAGUUGAGAGCAUCACAACUCACACAUAGUACUUCUGAAGAUUUGUUUUUGUGUAUGAAUGCUGUCAAUUGUGGCUGUUUUAUAGUUUCUGUGACUGGAUUGACUCAGUUUGCAGUGCAGUAAAAUCUAAAUAGAUUGCUUGUUUUUAGUGCACUUAUCCGCAACUGAAUAAACUGAGCACAAGAAUA